AUGUUUGUCGGUUGCUAUGCGGCUGGCUAUAUUCCACUAGCCUUCAACUAUUCCCCUCACAAUUUGCGGCUGGUUACGAUUUUCGGUGCAGGACUUCUGGUGGGUGCCGCUUUGGCCAUCAUCAUACCUGAGGGGGUUGCUACUAUCUACGGUAUCCAAAAGCAACACAUGGAUCACAGUAGUAUACACGAAGUCAGCGGCCUCGAGGCACGUCACCUAAACCAAUUGGAACCAGUAAAGCAGAAUGUCCCCCUGCCAGAUGUAGAGCCUGUUCCGCUACCGCCCGCAGCGAAAAAGGUGGAGGAGACGGUCCCGACGACGACCAUAAGUCACGGUCUCAUUGGAUUAGCUCUCACUAUGGGCUUCGUGCUCAUGUUCUUGGUGGAUCACCUAGGCAAUGAAACAUUUUGCCAAGCCUGCACCCGCCCUCUUUUCUCUGUUUUCCAUUGCUUCAGCUGUCAGAGGCGAUCCAAUGACUUGAUUUUACCCACUACAUCAGAUGGAGAGGGAGCGGGUUUGUCGUCUCCCUCAAUUUUGUCGUCUUCGUCCCCGGCAGCCGCUUUAGCAGCAGUAGAGCACAGCGCUAAAACGACCACGCUGGGUCUGGUAGUUCACUCUUUCGCAGAUGGACUGGCCAUUGGUGCCGCCUUUGGGCUCACUCUUGACCUCACUCUCAUCCUCUUCAUCGCCAUCAUGUUGCACAAGGCAAGUCGGCUCUUCUGCUUCCUCUUUUUCCUACUGUUCAGUGCGCCGGCGGCGUUUGGCUUUGUAUCCUUCCUGGUUCAUGAGGGUCUGCCUCGGAAUCGAAUCAAGGUGUACCUCCUUGCAUUUGCCCUCGCCUCUCCCGUGGGCGCCCUUCUCACCUACCUAGUCGUCACCACUAACGCCUACAUUGCCGCUCAGCAGGCAGGUUUUUUCGUCCACCUCUUUUUGUUUCAUCCACCCAGCCUUUCACCUGUCCUCUCCAUGGGAGUCACCAGCACCCCAUCCACGGGCACGGGAUUUGCACUGCUGCUAUCUGGUGGGACGUUCCUCUACGUCGCCACCGCGCACAUUUUGCCCCAUCUGAACACGGAAAAACCUAUUUCCUCGGGCUCUCUCAAUGGAAGCUCACACCACCGCCACCAAAAUACCACCUUUAAGCCCGUCGAGUUGAUCGCCUUUGUACUCGGUAGCUGCGUGCCCGUUCUCAUCUCCUUUGGCCACUCACACUAA